AUGGAAGAACUGAAGCGGCGUCGAGGAGGAUUGAGGAGUGCUCUUUCUCGCUCGAUCAAUGGAGCGUUGGAUAAGCUCACCGAAGCAGAUCUUCAGGAGGAAGAAAUCGAGGUCCUGACUGCACAGCUAAAGAAGAAACUGGAGAAGUUGGAGGCAGUGGACGCAGAACUGGAGGUCCUCUGGACAGAACAAGAACUCGAGGCCGAACAACAAGAAAGCUUUGAAUAUAGUGACCUAGCGACAGCGCUAUUGGCGAGGCUACAGUUUCGUGUGCAAAGACUGAAUUCAGUAGCCAGUUUGCGUGGGAGUCAUCGUUCCGAAGAAAGGCCUGUUGGCGACUCAACCGCAUCCGGCCUGCAGAUCAGGUUGCCGAAGUUUAACCUAGUCAAAUUCAACGGGCAACGAAAGGACUGGAUGGCAUUUUGGGAACAGUUUCGGCAAGUCAUUCAUGACAAUGGGAGGCUUUCCGUUUGCGAGAAGUUCAGCUACUUGAGGUCAGCUCUCACUGGGGAAGCUGCAGCAGCAAUAUCUGGACUGCCACCUACAGAAAGGUGCUACAAUGACGCACUUGAAAUUUUGAAAGGUCGUUACGGGAAUGAAGCCUUGCAAAUAGAGGACCACAUGACGAGGCUCAUGGGAUUACAACCAGUCAGGUCCCACCAGGAUGCAAAGGGUCUCAGGAAGCUCCAUGACGAGCUGUCAUCGCAUACAAGAGCUCCGAAGGCAUUAGGAGUCUCGGAGGAGUCGUUUUCGUCAAUGUUGUACUCCCUAAUGCUUCGCCUGAUACCACAAGGCAUCGUUGUGGAAUUCAACAGAAGGAUGCUGGAGGCAGAAGAUGGAUCUCCAGAGGAAGGGGGAUCUCGAGAGGAGGCGUCCAACGGACAAGGUGACAGAGAAAAUCCAUCACCUUCCAGCGGGGAGCACGUCGCUAAGUUACGUAAAUUCAUCAAGUUCCUACGAGUGGAGGUAGAAUGCUUGGAAAGAACGCUUACUGCUCAAGGAACAAGAAAAGAUACAGGAGAUGGAUUUCCAAAAAUGAAAGGCGCUCGAAAGCAGCGUACGAAGGGAUCAGCGAGACUGUCGUCAGCAGCAGCACUAGUCAACACUACAGAUCAGCUGUCGGAUUGUUUCUUUUGCAAGUCACGGGAUCACCGGACCACGGAGUGCGACGCACGGAUGUCACAGGAUGACAAGCUGCGAAGGCUGCAGGAGGCAGGGCGAUGUUUCCGAUGCACCUGGCCAAACCACGUAUCGAGGAAAUGUUGGAGGAAGGUGAAAUGCGGUAAGUGCCAAGGAAGGCACGCGGCUUCGGUGUGCAAUCAUCGUAGAGGAGAUGAAGAGGUGAUUCAAGACCGCGCAGCGGAUGGAACAACUCAACUGAGUUUAGAGCUGUUGAACGAAGAUUAUGCUCCUACGACUGUUUUGCAGACCACAGUUGCUUGGUGCAAAGGGGAAAAGGAGCAACGGAAAUGUAAAGUGAUGUUCGACACCGGCAGUCAACGCUCGUUCGUGACCAAGCAGAUCGCCCAGACGCUCCACUGCAGGACGGUGGGAGAAGAGACUGUAAAAGUAGGAGUGUUUGGAGGGCAAGAGGAAGAGCGGCUAUAUAGACGAGUUCGACUGAGACUGCAAAGUAUAUACAACGAGAGCGAGUACGACCUGGAAGUCCUGGUAACGGAUACCAUAUGUACACAGAGGACACCAAGGCCGGGGUCCGGAAUACUGGACCAGAUGAAAGAGAGACAGCUAGCAGUGCAACAUUUGACGUGCGCAGAAAGCCAAGGACCAGUGCAAGUUCUCAUCGGCACAGACGUGUACUGGGAUCUGGUGACAGGAGAAGUGAUCAGGUUAGGACGAGCACUGAGAGCAGUAGAGACGCGGCUGGGAUGGACAGUGCACGGGGCUACUUCAGAAGCGGGAAGGAGUCACGAGUCCAAUCAAGCACUGGUACUACGAGUUUCUGCUAAUCAGGAACAGCAGGAUAACUACGUACAGAAGUUUUGGCAACUGGAAGCAAUUGGAGUCGCACCAGAAAUCGAAAAGAGUGAAAGCGAUAGUGCACUGCGGCGGUUCGGCGAAACGGUGACUUUGAACGAGGGACGCUAUGAGGUAUCACUUCCAUACAAAGCCGUAGGGAACUUGGACAGCAACGAAGAGAUUGCGCUGAAGAGGCUGGGCCAACUAACCAGAAAACUGUCAAAAAAUGAAGAACUCAUGAGCAGAUAUGAUGAAGCCAUACGCAUGUAUAGUCAAAAUAACAUGGCGGAGAGAGUACCGGCGAAGAGCGUGGAGGUCGUCAACUAUAUGCCUCACCAGGCGGUACUGAGAGAGACGAGUAGCACUACCAAAUUGAGAGUGGUGUUCGACUGCUCAUCAAGUAAUGGAAGCACGAAGUCCCUCAACGACUGUUUGGAAGUCGGGCCUAAUUUAAACCCGGAUGUAGUGGAGCUAAUGAUCAACUUCCGAAUCAAUAAGGUGGCUUUAGUAGCGGAUGUGGAGAAAGCCUUUCUGCAAAUACAAGUGAAAGAAGACGAUAGGGAUGCUCUCCGCUAUCUCUGGUAUGAAGGAAAGCCACAAAAAGGAAGCCCGCUACCGAAAGUAGAACAUUGGAGAAUGACAAGGGUACCCUUCGGCACAACGGCGAGUCCUUUUCUGCUGGCGGCGACAUUACAUCAUUUUAAGGUCAUGGAACAAGAAUACCCUGAUACCGCAAAAAUGCUGGGAAAGCACAUGUACGUGGAUGAUCUGGUGACUGGGGCGAAUGAUGCAAAAGAGGCAAUCAAGAUUGCGAAAGACUCAACAGAGAUCCUACAACGUGCGAACAUGAAGUUGCACAAGUGGGCAUCAAACGAUAAAAGCGUGCUGGAGGUGAGAGGUGAGUUCCUGAGAGGUGAGACUGAGGAAAGGAAAAUAGGCGAAAGCGACGAGAUCCAGAAAGUGUUGGGAUUGUCGUGGCUGCCAGAAACAGACAUGUUGACGUUUUCUGUCGAUGGAGUUUGGAACAUGUACCAGGCAACUGGGGCCACCAAACGACUUGUGCUACGAAUUACAGCACGGAUAUUUGAUCCACUGGGGAUGUUGGCACCGUUUACUAUCCGUGGAAAGGCAAUAUUUCAGGAGCUGUGGAAGCUAAAGGUCGGAUGGGACGACGCUUUGCCUGCGCAGUCGCAAGUAUCCUGGAGCCAGUGGGGUUCUGAACUGUCUCAUCUUCAAGAGGUUCAAUUACCAAGGUAUUAUGGAGCGAAUGGGGUCGCCGGCGUCAGACACAUCGAAAUACACAUCUUUUGCGACGCCAGCCCGACCGCAUAUGGGGCAGUGGCAUACACAGUCAUGGAAGACAAGUCUGCGACGAGAAGCAGUGCGUUUCUCAUCGCAAAGACAAGACUCGCUCCUCUAAAGGCGCAGACGAUACCUCGACUUGAGCUGAUGGCUUGUCUCGUCGGGGGAAGGUUGUUCGCGUACCUGAAAGCAAAGUUUGAAGCAUGUCCCACGCAAAUUCAUUUCUGGACGGACUCAAAGAUUGCGCUCUGUUGGAUACAAGGGGACGCCAACCGCUGGAAGCAGUUCGUUCAAAACAGAGUGAGGGAAAUUCAAGAAAUCACAAACUCCGCGGAAUGGAGAUACUGCAACACAAAGGAGAACCCGGCGGAUAUGCUGACCAGAGGCAUCACUGCAGACAAAUUGAUUGAUAGCCAGCGGUGGUGGACGGGACCAAACUGGAUUUUGUGCGACCAACGCCAAUGGCCUACGUCGAGCAUGGACAGGGAAAAGUUCGGGAAGGUAGAGCUGGAAGAAAAAGUCUCACAAGACGUGAUUCAGACGCUAACCGCAACAGUUGGGGAAAUCGUCGACAUGAAGAGGUACAGCUCAGUAAAGAAGCUACAUCAUGUGGUAGCCUGGGUCUUGCGAUUCGUAGCCAAGCAGAAGAAACUGAGUGAGGAAGGUGGACCUCUUGGCUCAGAAGAGGUACGAGAAGCCGAAAAUUAUUGUCUGAAGAUCGUGCAGCAGAACGCGUUUCAUGCAGAAAUAGCAGCGGUUCAGAGCCAAAGACCGUCGCCUGCGAAAUCGCCCCUACAAGGGUACAGUCUGUUUUUGGACGGCGAAGGGAUCCUCAGGAUGACUGGCAGAUUACAAGAAAGCGACCUACCCUACGCUCAAAAGCAUCCUAUUGUGCUACCAAAGCAGGACCCUUACUCGGAAGCGAUCAUCAGAAAGUGCCAUUUGGAUGUAUUACACGGCGGUAUGCGAGAUACCCUAGUACAAGUGCGAGAGAAGUACUGGAUAGUACGUGCUAGGCAAGCUGUCAAGAAGGUUAUAAGAAGUUGCGUCGUAUGUCAACGAUACAAUGCGCAGGCUUCAAGACAAACCCCAGCGCCGCUGCCAGCGUCAAGGGUAUCGCAGUCGGAGCCGUUUACAGUCACUGGACUUGACUUCGCAGGACCACUGAUGGUGAGGACGAGCCGAUCAACGAGGCAGAUAUACUUCGUGAUAUUCGUAUGCGCAACAACGAGGGCGGUACACCUGGAAGUAGUGCAGGAUAUGUCCACGCCAACAUUUUUGCUGGCUUUCCGAAGAUUUGUUGCACGACGUGGAAUACCGAGCAAGGUGUACAGCGACAAUGCGAAGACCUUUCAAAAGAGCAACAAAGAGUUGAAGAAAUUGUGGAAAAUUGUAACUGGAGAGGGUGUCAAGGAGAAGAUCACUGACUGGGCAAUUGAUUGGCGAUACAAUGUUCCGUACGCUCCCUGGUGGGGCGGAUUUUAUGAGCGACUCACCAGAUCCGUCAAGGUGGCUUUGAAAAAGACCAUCGGCGCAAGGUGCCUGAACGAGACAGAGCUCACCACUAUCGUUACCGAGAUAGAAGCUGUUAUAAACUCGCGGCCCCUCACUUUUGUUUAUGACGAUCAACAGAUCCGCCCAUUGUAUCCUGCAGCGUUCCUUACGGGAAACAGACUAACGACGCUACCAGCUUCUGACACAGGCGACAUGCCGGAAAGCUCAGCCGACACCAUCCAACGUUGCUGGAGGCAACGAGCGGAAAGCUUACGUACUUUCUGGGAGAAAUGGUCACGGGAGUACCUUACAGAACUAAGGAAUCUUUGGAGCAAACGUCGUGGUAGAGCAUUACAAGAGGGCGACUUGGUCAUAGUACGCGAAGACUGCAGGCCGAGGCAAAGGUGGACAACAGGAAGGAUUUCGCGAUGCCUGCCAGGAAGGGACCAGAAAUCACGGGCAUUCGAAGUUAAGCUGCCCAACGGGUCAACUAUCGUCCGAUGUGGUGAACUUUUAUAUAGACUUGAAGUGUGA